UAACUUUGUCUAUUUUAAAUGGUAUUAUAAAUUACAGUUUGAAAACAAAUAUUUUAUUACAGCUUUAAAAAUGGUGAACAUAAACCAAUAUUUACCGUUUCAGACAUGGCUACUGAAUAGGAAACAAUACGUAUAGAGAAAACACUUCAACAAUGUUAUUUUGCAAUGAUCGCAAUAAACUGCGCUGUUUCUAUAGUAAUCCAUUGAUAACGCUAUCUAUAUGCUUAUAACGCUGUCUAUAAAGCAAACAUAUGUUAUUUAAUGUUGUAGACAUUUAAUAUUUGCAAUGAAUUAUUACUGCUAAAAGGGGAAAAAUCUGAAAAACGUUUUGGUGCAAUGAGGUAAUUUACGUCAAACACUAGGAAGUGGGCGGGGUCAAUCUUUCAAAGCCUCUUAUCUGCACACUUAUAUGUCAUUGGUGGUUUGACCUGACCAAUCAAGUCAUUCCAUGGGUAGGGCGAUAGAUAAACCAAUCACAGGCUGCAUUUUUCGAAUUUGAAAUUAGCAUACGUGGUAUAUAAAAGCCAGUACUUUCUGUAGAGAAAUUAUUCCUUGGAGAGCCACAUCAAGCAUCAUGCCUGAACCAGCGAAGACUGCACCCAAGAAGGGCUCCAAAAAGGCGGUAACCAAAUCUGCCGGUAAAGGAGGAAAGAAGCGAAAGAGGACCAGGAAGGAGAGCUAUGCUAUCUACGUGUACAAAGUGCUGAAGCAGGUCCAUCCUGACACUGGAAUCUCCUCGAAGGCGAUGGGCAUCAUGAACUCGUUUGUCAACGACAUCUUUGAGCGCAUCGCCGGUGAGGCGUCUCGUCUCGCUCACUACAACAAGCGCUCCACCAUCACAUCGAGAGAGAUCCAGACCGCCGUGCGUCUGCUGCUGCCCGGGGAGCUGGCCAAACACGCUGUAUCUGAGGGCACCAAGGCCGUCACCAAGUACACCAGCUCCAAGUAAAGCGCGGAGUCAACUCAAUCCAAAGGCUCUUAUAAGAGCCACCCAUACUGUCUGUAAAAGGGUGUUUUUGUUAAUUCCCCAACACCAAAUAAUGUAUACGCAAAUUUUAUUAUGUGACAUUUAUAAAAUGUAAGUGCAGGAAAAAUAUCACAAGCAUUUACCGUAUAUUAAAAGAAUGAUGUAAAACCACAGGAAAAUAA